AUGAAUGAGAAACAAAUUCUCGGCGUUGCUGGUAGCAGUAAUGAUGUACACCUUAUGACAUUAGAAUAUUAUAACGAACAUAAAGAUGAACUGAAAGGAGAGAAGGGUGACACCGGACCACAAGGAAUACAAGGACCACAAGGAAUACAAGGAAUACAAGGAAUACAAGGAAUACAAGGAAUACAAGGACCUCAAGGCGAAAACGGUUUGGAUGGAAAGGAUGGAAAGGAUGGAAAAACUGCUAAAUCAUGGAUAUGGGACCUUAUAAAUACUGGUUUAACAGCUGCUUCAUAUGGAGUUCUUCAAUACCAAAUCGGAAAGAUAUGGGCAGUACUUGGUGAAGAAGCUUUAGAUGACGUUAAAAAUGCUUUGAACUUCAUUUCAAAUGGUUCGGAUACUAUUAAAACUUUAUCUGGUUGGAUGCAAGAAACAAGGAGUCAAAUAGAUACUGUAAGACGUAUAGCAAACAAUGCACGUACGGGAUUGGAUACUUUACGAGAAGCACAAAAUACACUAAAGGAAGCAAAUGAUAUUCUUGGCUCAGUAUCAGACAUGCAUGAAGAUUGGCUUAAAGGUAUUGACAAAUCUUUAAAAAAUCACAGUCAGUCUAUUGCUGACUACAAGAAAAGUAUAGAUUUUUUACAUAGUGCUAUGGACGUACAUGAUGGAAGCAUAAGGAACUUACUUAAUGCUAACAAUAACUUACCAGGAACUAUUAAAGCAUUUAUAAAGUCCUUUGUAAAACCCGGUGCUCUAACAUUUAGGUCUUUGAGAGCAAGAGCAUUGAA